AUGACAACCGAUCAUGGAAAUCCAAAGAAAAAACAACCACAACUAUCCUCCUCUUCCUCUUCCUCUUUAUCAAUAUCACCAAAACACAAAAACUUUAUAGAUCAUUAUUUAAUCUAUAAUGAAAUUGAUAAAUUUAAAAAACCUGCUUUUAAAAGAGUAAUAUAUGUUGAAACAAUUCAAAGAUGGGAAUCAAAUUAUCAUUUUGGUGAAAGUAUUAAAGGGUUUAAUCCAAUUUCCAUUAAUUUUAAAUCAAAUCCAAUUGAUCCAUCUUUUUGUUUGGCUUUUAUAGAAUUUCAGGAAGAAAAUGAAUCAAUUAAAUGUAGAACAUUUUUAGAAAAUAAUUAUUAUAAAGUAUUUUGGGCAGUUCCCAUUUCAACACUUUAUGUAACCAAUAUUGAUCCAAACAUGAAGAGAAGUGUUGUAAUGGCAUUGUUUUCACAUUUUGGUGAAUUGGAAACAAAGGAAUGUGUGUUUAUCAACAACUAUGGAUUCAUUCGAUACACAAAGUCGUAUGACGCUGAAAAGGCACUUGCCAAACUCAAUGGAUUCAAAUUUGGUGAAAGAAAUCUAAAGGUAAAGUGGAGCGAUUCAUGCGACCAGAGAACUAGUAUCCAUAUCACAUUUGAUGUAAACAGCGGUAAUAUACCCGAGGGAUUCCAUCAAAUGGUUUGUCAAAAAUGUCAGCAAUUUGGAAAGAUCAAACAUUACAACAUUCCAAGAGACGCAAAGACUGGUGUCUACGAAGGAUACGGAUUCAUUCAUUUCAAGGAUUCUGAAAAUGGAGAGAUGGCAUCUCAAAGUGCAAUGGAUUUUUUCAACAACAAUAACUUUCUCUCCAAUGUCAAUAUUCAAUGUUCAUUUUCAAAAAAGAAAUCAACUUCUUAUAAAUCAUUUAUUAUUCCUCCAAAAUUAAAUAAUUAUAAUAUUAAUAAUAAUAAUAUUAAUAAUAAUAAUAAUAAUAUUAAUAAUAAUAAUAAUAAUAAUAAUAGAUCAUUACUAUCAUCAUCAUCUCCACCUAUAACAAUAUCACAAUCAUCACCAUCAAUUUAUUUAUUUUCUCCAUUCCAAAGUAUAUACUCAUCACAUACACUUGAUGAAAAUGAAGUUUACUCUUCUCCCUCCUCUUCUUCUUCUUCUUCUAAUUCUCCUUCUACCUCUCCUUCUCAUUCUUUAUCCAAAAAUUUCAAAGCAAUUUGCACUAUUGGUGAUUUGUUUAACGCAGAUAACCCCUUUUUCUUACCUUUAUUGCAACAACAACAAUCAAUUGUGAGCCUAUAA